UUUAGAAAUGAGCAAAUUUGGUGUCGUAAAAAGCGCGGUUUGUGUCUAAGUGAAGCACAUAAGCCGCAAUCCAAUGAUCCCAGUCAACCCCUUCUUCUACGUUAUUUGAUCGAAAACACAAAACAGAGAGCUGAGUUAUUCAUCAUUCUUAGAAAACAAAGACAAAGAUGAUGAAACCAGAGACAGUAACAUUGGUGCUGGUGAAUCUAGCAGGUAUUAUGGAACGAGCCGAUGAAUCAUUGUUACCUGGAGUAUACAAAGAAGUCGGUGCUGCUCUUAACGCUGACCCCACCGCCUUAGGUUCUCUCACUCUUUUCCGAUCACUUGUUCAAUCAUUCUGUUACCCUCUUGCUACUUACCUCGCCACCCGUUACAAUCGUUCACAUGUUAUUGCUCUUGGUGCUUUUCUUUGGGCUGCCGCUACGUUCCUCGUUGCCAUCUCAUCUACCUUUUUACAGGUGGCAAUUUCAAGAGGUUUAAAUGGGAUUGGACUUGCCAUUGUUGCUCCAGCAAUUCUGUCCCUGGUUGCUGACUCCACUGUUGAUAGCAAUCGUGGCAUGGCUUUUGGGUGGCUGCAACUUACAGGAAACCUUGGAAGCAUCAUUGGUAAUCUCUUUGCUGUACUGCUAGCCUCAACAUCGAUCUUUGGCAUACCUGGUUGGAGAAUAGCUUUUCACAUUGUUGCAUUGGUGAGUAUCAUAGUUGGUAUAUUAGUAGGCAUCUUUGCUAAUGAUCCACAGUUUUCAAAGAAAGCCGGAAGAGCUACAUAUCAAGCUCCAAACAAGCCCUUUUAUUCUGAAAUGAAAGAUCUACUGAAAGAAGCAAAGUCAGUUAUAAGAAUUCCAACAUUUCAAAUACUUGUGGCUCAAGGAGUCUCCGGAUCAUUUCCCUGGUCUGCGUUGUCAUUUGCCACUCUUUGGCUAGAAUUAAUAGGCUUCUCCCACAUGACAACAGCAUUGCUUUGGUCCCUAUUUAUAGUUGCUGUUUCAUUUGGGGGUCUGUUUGGAGGAUGGAUGGGGGAUAUGUUAUCCCAAAGGUUACCAAAUUCCGGAAGAAUAAUGUUGUCACAAAUAAGCUCAGGUUCAGCCGUUCCUCUAGCCGCAAUUUUGUUGUUGGGAUUGCCUGAUGAUCCAUCUACAGCCUUCAUGCACGGUCUGGCUCUGUUCAUCAUGGGAUUGUGCAUAUCCUGGAAUGGCGCAGCAACUAACAAUCCAAUAUUUGCAGAAAUAGUCCCUGAGAAGUCCCGGACGGCAAUAUAUGCUUUGGAUCGAUCUUUCGAGUCUAUAUUGGCAUCGUUUGCUCCGCCUGUUGUUGGAGUUUUAGCACAACAUGUUUAUGGUUAUAAACCAAUUCCAAAAGGAUCAUCGGGCUCUGUUCAGAUUCAAACAGAUAGAGAAAAUGCUGCAUCACUGUCCAAGGCACUUUAUACUGCAAUUGGUAUUCCUAUUGCAAUUUGCUGCUUCAUCUAUUCAUUCCUUUAUUGUACCUACCCGAGGGACAGGGAGCGAGCACAAAUGGCUGCAUUAGACGAAACUGAAAUGCACCAGUUAGAGGAUGAAAACUACACGAACGAAGAAUAUUGUGAAAUUCAUGUUUUAGAAUCAAAUAAGCUGAAUGGUAAAGAAAGUAACAAGAUUGAUCAAAUAAAUCAUCUAAGGCAAGAGAGCAUUGACUUGGAUGACAAUGAUGAGAAAGUUUUGCUGUCCCGGUAGUUAACCUUACAGUUGUAGGGCUCAUUUGAAAAAUCAAGUUAUUUGAUGAA